AUGUCAGGAGUUGAACUUGAUCUUGUUUGUCCAGAAAUUGAUGUUGAUGAUUUUUCAUCAGUAUCAAAAACAAAUCAUAAUGAGAAUAGUUUCGCCGAGGAAGAACAAAUGUCUGAAGAAACUCCACCAAUUAUUAACCUUGAAACUCAAGCAUCUAAUGAUAAUAUUCUUACAAAAAACAUUGAUUCCAAUGAAGAAUUAACUGAUUCAAAUUCGAAUUAUAUACCAACGGAAAUAAUACAAGAAAACGAAGCAACAUCAAUAAAUUUACCAGAAACUCCAGUUGAAGAACCAACAAUAACAUUUAAUAAUGAAAAAGAACUUGCUGCAUUGAAUAAUAUAUUUAAUGAUUCAGUUUAUUUUUUAAUUAAAAGUGGAAAUGAAGAAAAUGUUUCAUUAGCUAAAGCUAAAGGUGUAUGGUCAACACCACCAGCGAAUGAAAAUAAACUUAAUCGAGCAUUUCGACAAUAUCAAAAUGUUAUUUUAAUAUUUUCAGUUGCAGAAAGUAAAGCAUUUCAAGGUUUUGCUCGUAUGUCAGGUGAAGCUCGUCAUGAUAGUCAACCAAUUAAUUGGGUACUACCACCUGGUAUGAGCAAUCGAGCAUUUUCUGGUGUUAUUCCUAUUGAUUGGGUUUCACGACGGAGUUUACCAUUUAAUCAAACUCUUCAUUUGUUUAAUUCAUGGAAUGAAAAUAAACCUGUUAAAAUUGGACGUGAUGGACAGGAAAUUGAACCACGUUGUGCUGAAGCUUUAUGUCGUUCAUUUCCACCUGAUCCAACAAUUGAUAUAAUAACUAUAUCAAAAAAGUCCGUCAAACGUAUAUCAUCACGAUCACGAUCACCAUUAUCGAUAAAUCCAUCGAAAGAUUUAAAUCAUCAUUCAUCAUCACAACGUUCAUCCAAUUCUAUUGAUCGUCAUAGACAUCAACGAUCAAGAAGUCGAGAACGAAGCAGUAAAGAAUCACGUCGUAAACGACGACAUCGAUCAACAUCAUCACAUUCUGAUCAUGGAAACAGACGUAGUACGAGUCGAAAGCGUUCACAUCGGGAUAACGAAAAUCCUGCAGCACCUAAACAUGUCGACAAAACAAUGUCACAUAUAAUGGCCAAUGGAACAUAUGAGGAUUAUGUAAAAUAUAUGUAUGAAAGUCAAACACAAUAUGCCGGUUUUCCACCAACUAUGUUUCCACCUACGGGUUAUCCAAUGAUGUAUGAUCCAGCCAGUGCUUAUCCUAUGGGUUAUGAUCCUCAUAGUAUGCAUGGUGGACCUUACGGAGAUCCAACAAAUAUGUAUUUACCACAACCUUCGUCAUCUGUAUCUCAAAAUGCAUCUGAAUAUGAACAAGAAAUCAAUGCAUUUCUUCGUCAUACAACAUCAUCAUCACAUAAAGAAAAUGAUAAUGGAAAUAAAUCACAUCGAAAUCAUCAUCAUUAUAAAACAUCAUCAACAUCAUCUCGGCAUCGUUCAAAAUCUCGUGAACAUCGUCGUUAA